CCUUUUGAAUAUUAAGCUAUGGUUUGGAUUAAUCCGCAUGUGAGAGUGUCAAUUAAGCCAUUGAAGGCACUCCCCCUCAAUAUAAAGUAUGGCUUUGUUGCGACAACAUUUGGGAAAUUAUUACUUGGUCUAACAGGUAACGACGCAAUUUGUCUUUUGUAUUUCGUGCAAAAUGAUGAAAAGACUUCGUUGGAGGAAGUGCAACAACGCUGGCCAAAGAUUGAACUUAUACCAGAUGCAUCGGUCUUAGCCAAGUGCAGCAAAAUCUUUGCUAGCGAUAAGGAAAACCUUCCCACUAUUGAGCUUGCAGUUAAAGGCACAGAUUUACAGCUGGCGGUUUGGAAUGAGCUUGUGAAAACCAGCUGUGGCAAAACAUGUACCUAUACAGAGCUGGCUGAGCUUGUGGGCCGUCCUAAGGCAGUGCGAGCAGUUGCCAGCGCAGUUGCCAAAAAUGAAAUAUCAAUACUUAUACCAUGUCAUCGCAUUGUGUCCAAAAGCGGUGCUCUCAAGUACCACUGGGGCGGCGAACUAAAGCGUGAAUUGUUAAACUAUGAAGCAAAUACAGAGAGAUAAAGUGGAAUACAGUUU